AUGCGGGGCAGAGGUUUUUCUCGUGUCCAUAUUGGAAGGAUGACAAUCGGAUUCUUUUUGUGGGAGAAUGAUGUCAACACAAACAUCAUAGAAAUACUACAAGAGGAAAAUGCACAACAGAAAGAACAAUUACUAAGGAUGACGGUUGACAAAGAAAUGUUGAGCUCGGAUAUACAAAGUACGACAUGCACACAUUAUUCUUCUCAACCUGGAUUUCGUUUCGCACCAACUGACCAGGAAUUGCUAUUAUACUACCUCAAAGGGAAGGUAAUGGGUAAGUCUCUAGGAUACCCUGUAAUUGCAGAGAGAAAAAAAUACAAAAUCGGUGAUAAAACUAAUAGGUUAAAUGAUUUUGGUUAUUGGAAAUCAAGUGGUAACGAUAGGACAGUGAAAAAUAUUUCAAGCUUCCCGCCCCGUAAGAUAGGUAAAAUUAAGUCUUUGGUCUUCUACAAAGGCAAGGCAGCUAGGGGAGAGCGUACAAGUUGGAUCAUGUACGAGUAUAGACUACAAGACACAAAACUUUUCGAUUUAAACGUGCUGAAAGAUUCAUAUGUCAUCUACAAAUUGUUUGAGAGCAAUACUUUGGGACCUAAAAUUGGGAAAAAAAACCAGGGAUUCGUUUAG